AUGUAUCUAUCUGCUAACAGAUACAAGUCAUCAGCAUGGCAAGGAAAUUUUGGGUUGACUACAAAGAGUAACCAACAUAUUGAAGCAUUCCUUAAAAAUCACGGUGCUCUAACUCUAAAAAGAUAUAAAUUAUCAGAUGUCAAGAAAAUGACCAACAGCUUUGAAGUUAAACUAGGACAAGGUGGUUUUGGUGCUGUGUACAAAGGAAAGUUACCAAAUGGUAGUCCUGUGGCCGUAAAGAUGUUGAAUGCAUCGAAAAAAAAUGGUGAAGAAUUUAUCAAUGAGGUUGCUAGCAUCAGUAGAACUUCUCAUGUUAAUGUUGUCACUCUUCUUGGGUUCUGUUUGGAAGGCCAAAAGAGAGCUCUCAUCUAUGAAUUUAUGCCCAAUGGUUCCCUUGACAAGUUCAUUUAUAGAAAAGGACCUGAAAUCAUUACACCUUUGAGUUGGGAUAUUAUAUAUCAAAUUGCAAUGGGUAUAGCUAGAGGACUAGAGUACUUGCAUAGAGGAUGCAAUACUAGAAUUUUACAUUUUGACAUAAAACCACAUAACAUUCUUUUGGAUGAAAAUUUCUGCCCCAAGAUAUCAGAUUUUGGGCUAGCAAAGCUUUGCCCUAGAAAUGAAAGCAUUAUUUCCAUGUCAGAUGCUAGAGGAACAAUGGGGUAUGUAGCUCCUGAAGUGUUGAAUAGACAUUUUGCAAGAGUUUCACACAAGUGUGAUGUUUAUAGCUAUGGAAUGAUGAUGCUAGAAAUGGUGGGAGGGAGAAAGAAUAUUAACGCUGAAGCAACUCAAACAAGUGAGAUAUUCUUCCCACAUUUGGUAUACAAGAGGCUUGAGUUGGGCAAUGAUUUGAGACUAGAUGAGGUGAUGACCAUAGAAGAAAAUGAGAUUGCAAAGAGAAUGACCAUAGUGGGUUUAUGGUGCAUUCAAACAUUUCCAAAUGAUAGACCUACAAUGAGUAGAGUGAUUGACAUGUUGGAAGGUAGCAUGAAUUCCCUAGAAAUGCCACCAAAACCUCUGUUUUCAUCUCCUACUAGAUCAGCACCGGAAUCUUCCACCUCUUGA